AUGCAAAUGAACCAACUUCACCGCCCACAUGUCCAUCCAUUGUUGGUCUCAGAGGAUGCUUCUGUCAUGGAGCGAGGACCAUGGUGGUGCACAUGGGACCCGGAAGGCGUCGACGAAUCUGCCCACCAAGCCCGCGUCGAAUCCACACAUUUACGGGGAAAGGUAGCCCGAAUCUCACUAGAUCAGCUGCAACUCCAUCCUCCAACUCCAUCUGAACGGGAGAGAGCCUACCGAACCCCUGGCACGCGACUGCAGACUCGAGUGAGACAGUUGGUGGUGCAUACCGCAAUGAUCUGA